AUGACAACGCCCGAGUCUGCGCUCUAUUGCGUGUGCCGACAGAGUGAUGGCGCUGGCAUCAUGAUUGAAUGCAGUCGCGGCUCUGGCGGUUGCAACGGUUGGGUCCAUCCAAACUGUUGUGGUCUAAUUCUAACACAAGUGGAGCUAGAGGCACUCGAUGCCUAUAUUUGUCCACUCUGUGAGAAGCCUGACGACGACUUUAGCACAAUGAAAGCGUGUAACACAAGUCUUGCUAACCACCAAGCCAUGCGUGAGCGCAAACGUAAGCUUCAACCCUCAAAGCCGGUGAAAAUGCCAUGGAUCUGUGCAUCUUGUGAGCAUCCAAACCGAGACCGACGGACACGUGAAUGUGAGGCGUGCCACGUCCGUCGCAUCAUACGUCGAAAACCAAAAGUAGGGAAAGAUGGCAACAAGUCGCGGCAGCAUCAGGAUGAAUGUCGACAGAGUAAACGCUCAGUGAAUCAAAAGCGAAAGUCGUACCAUGUCCCGAAUUCAGACGAUGACAUGACAAGUUCGGAUACUGAUAAGAAGAAACGACGAAAGAAACAGAGUAAUGACGACUCGGAGGCAUCAGAUGAAGCCGAGCUAGAAGUCGAUACAACAAAGCUUAAAUAUGAGGCUACGACUGAUGAAGAAGGAAAUGGGACGCAGAUGGUCAUUGACAAGAUCAUGGGCGUUCGAACUCGAGAAUGCGUUGAGCCAGUAUCUGUACCACGAAAAGAAUCGGCUAGUGCCACUUUAUUUGCCAAUCGACCAGCUAAGUCAAUGAUCAACGAGUAUUUGAUUAAGUGGAAGGGAUUUGCUUACAUGCACGCAUCGUGGGAGACCAAGCAAGUGCUAUUGGAUCUUGAUCCAUUGACUAACAAGCAAAAACUUAAACGGUUUCAUGAAAAAGAACACCAAAGACUACAGUUUCCACAUCGUCAAAACGAUUUGGACCAAGAAUCUCUUGCGGUUGAUGAACUUGAGUACUUUAAUCCGGAAUAUCUCGAGAUUCAUCGGAUUAUUGCUCACCGUCAAGAUGUACCACUGCCUCCAGAUCCGAAUUUUCCAGAUGCUCCCGAAGAUGAUGGUGUGCGAUACUAUAUCAAGUGGCGCGUUUUGUCAUACACGGAAGCCACAUGGGAGCGUGCGUGUGAUAUAAAAGAUGACGUGGCACUUGGGAAGUACAAGGCAUCCAUUAUUGUGCCAGACGAAGAUGUCUGGAAGCCGCGACCGCGACCAAGUAUUCGUGACUACCGCAAAUUGGACGAAUCGCCACGAUUUGGAGAAGAUCAGUCGCUUUCGCUGCGUGCGUAUCAACUCGAAGGAUUGAAUUGGCUGCUUUGGAACUGGUACAAUGAACGACCGAGUAUCUUAGCUGAUGAAAUGGGAUUGGGAAAGACAAUUCAAACAUUGUCAUUCUUGAAUUUACUACGAGAUGAUCCGAAGAUCAAAAUUCGUGGCCCUUUUUUGAUUGUCGCGCCUUUGUCGUUAAUUGUGCAGUGGCAAAAUGAAUGCGAAACGUGGACAACGAUGAAUUGUGUUGUAUAUCACGGCAACAGCGCAUCACGUGAAAUCAUUCGGGACUUUGAAUUUAAUUAUUUGGAUGCAAAUCUCCGUCCGGACAAGAAAAAAAUGUAUCGUUUCAAUAUCCUUGUGACAACGUAUGAAGUGGCAAUCAAGGAUAUUGCUGUGCUCUCGAAGAUUCAUUGGCGUUGUCUUGUAGUAGAUGAAGCGCAUCGAUUGAAAAAUCAAUCGUCUCGGCUCGUUGAGCAGAUGCGGCUGUUACGGCGUGAUCACUGUGUACUUCUCACGGGAACUCCUCUUCAAAAUAAGACGGAAGAAUUGUGGGCACUAUUAAAUUUCCUAGAUGCGCGAUCGUUCCCCAGUGUCUCAGAUUUUCUUCAAAAAUUUGGCGAUUUACACGAGGCUCAGCAAGUGGCUGAUCUACACAAGAUGCUGAAGCCAUAUCUAUUACGUCGUGUGAAAGAAGACGUAGAGAAAUCGUUACCACCGAAGGAAGAGACAAUUGUCGAAGUGGAACUUACGCCUGUUCAGAAGCAAUGGUACCGUGCGAUUUAUGAAAAGAAUACAGCCUUUUUGACCCGUGGUGGAAACCCACGCAACGUACCGAAUCUUAUGAAUGUUAUGAUGGAACUACGUAAGUGUUGCAACCAUCCGUACUUAAAUAAUGGAGUGGAGGAGAUUCUGAACGAUGGAUUGACGACGGAUGCUCAACGUCACGACAUGAUGGUCAAGUGUUGCGGAAAGAUGGUGCUGAUUGACAAGCUUUUGCCUCGUUUGUACACUGGAGGACACAAGGUUUUGAUUUUUAGUCAAAUGGUUCGCGUGCUGGACAUUAUCGAAGACUAUCUCCGCUAUUGUGGUCACCUCUACGAGCGUUUGGAUGGCAAUAUUCGUGGAAACGAUCGUCAAGCUGCUGUAGACCGCUUUGUCAAGCCCGAAUACAAGCGUUUUGUGAUGUUGUUGUCGACUAAAGCAGGGGGCUUGGGUCUAAAUUUAACAGCUGCAGACACUGUGAUCAUAUUUGACAGUGACUGGAACCCUCAGAAUGAUCUACAAGCGCAAGCUCGUGCGCAUCGUAUUGGCCAGACGCAUUCUGUCAAGAUUUACCGUCUGAUCACUCGCAAGACUUAUGAGAUGCACAUGUUCCAUAAGGCUUCACUGAAGCUUGGACUGGACAAGGCUGUUCUUACGCAUAUGCGUCGUGAGAAUGAGGAAGAAGGUGGCAAGAAACGCAACAAAAGCUCGAAGGCACAAGAAUCGAAAGAGAUUGAUGAGCUUUUGAAGCGUGGCGCCUAUGAUGUAUUUCGUGAUGACGACACUGCGGGUGAACAGUUUUGUGAGCUGGACAUCGAUCAGAUCUUGCAACGCUCAUCACAGAUUGUACAGUACACAGAGCAGGCCCAAUCAAGCUUCUCGAAGGCCAGUUUUGUGUCAGCUACAACUUCGAAUGAUGUUGAUCUCGAUGAUCCGGACUUUUGGAAUAAGGCCGUGGGCUUGACGGAACCUGAGCCCGUUGAAACCGAGGAUUUGUUACCGCAGCAGCGAAAGCGAACUCGUGUGGCUCGUUUUGGCGAUGGUGGGAAUUUGUCGGACGACAGCAUCUCGGAUGAUGAAUACGAACAAGAGAAGCGGGAGAAAGAAAAAGAAGAUCGAGAGCGAGUGGAGGAAAAAGUUGCUCCUCGCGAGUGGACGCAAAAUGGUCGCGAUCGACUACAGCGUGCGUUAAUGCAUUACGGAUUUGGUCGGUGGGAGGUUAUCCGAAGUCAAAGUGGAGGUAGUCGCUCCGUAAAGGAGGUGGAGCGCUUCGCUCGUGGCUUUAUUUAUGUGUCGGCUUUGGCAUGUGACCAGCGGAAAGAUGAUUCCACUUUUGUCACGGCGUCCAUUCACGCUGCGUCACUGGCUCAGAAAGAGAAUUUGAUUGACGAAGAAGAAUUGUCAAGUGUACUGAAAGAAGAAGAUUUUGUUCUCAAAUCGAAACAAGGUGGCGGUCGUCGAGUAAUUGUCCGACUCGAUAUGCUUCAACGCCUUCAACACCUGAUAUCGAUAGCUUGCGAUAUCUGUGAUGAUUUGUACAAGAACGACAAAGAAUUUACCAAACCACGACCUAGUCCUUCUGCUUGUAUCGAUGACCGUGCUGUUUACUACGGAGUGGAAAAGCUUAUUCCUCAUAUUGAGUUGGUUGAUGUGGGAGACAGACCAGCAUGGACGCAGAUAACACCGUGGUGGAACGAAGACGCUGAUCGAAAUCUUCUCAUGGGGGUCUUUCUUCAUGGAUACGGUCGAUGUGCCCAGAUCUUAGCAGACCCUCGACUGUACUUUGCACGAUUAGAGAAAGCAGCUCAAGCAGCAGCAAGCAAUGGCGGCGAUUUGAACUUAACAAAUGUAGAGAAAACAUUUUCUGCCGACGAAGACGGCAAUGUGGACAUGAGUGACUCUGAAAGUGCUUCUAGCUGUCUGACUGACAAUAAUGGUUCUGUUCAAAUUAAGACGGAAUCCGGCACAACAGCUGCAAAUGAUGUGACGACAGCAGCGAAUUCAUUCCGACAGCCUGAAGUGCAGCACAUGAAUCGCUUACUGGGUUGGCUAUUAUCUGCAGAGGAACAGAAGCGACGACAUGAAAAGGAAAAGUUCAGAAAAGAGCAUGUCGCUCUAGAGCAACGACGUCAUAUUGCUCAGGAAAUGCAUACACGUACGUUGAUAUUGCGUCGCUUGGAACUCAAAGCUAUGCAACUUGCUCAAGUGGAUAUUCUUCGACACAUGGCUGUAUUAAACAAUGCUCGUCAACUUCCUGAUGCCAGUGCGGCCCCAAUUCUAACUCAUCGCAGAAAAGCAACUGACUGGACGAAAGAAGAACGUCGAUCCUUUGCAUAUAUGAUGGCACUUCACGGCGCGCCACGAAUCUUGGCCAAGCGAGCGGUUAUUGCGAUGGAUGGACGUGCUACACCAUCAAUGUCACCUUUUGUGACUGAGCAUGCUCGAGACUUUAUGUGGGAGACGGAUAGUAUUUCCUGGCGCAAUAUUGUCGAAUGGGGCAAUUUAAACAAGACUGCGGUAAUGGCUCGCAACUUUUACGAGACGAAAUUUGCUCCGAAGUGUCGGGAAGUUGCUCGAAUGCGUGCGGAUCCUUUAGGUUCAGAUCAACGUGCAAUGGCAUUAGGUGAUCUCAUUGGUAUUGAGUUUGUAGACGCAUUUGAAGGUGUUUUAGCUCAUGGACUUAAAGCACGUAAUACUGCGUGGGUGACGAUGCGACGGACUCAAUUAUUAGAAGAUGUUCUCGACAUUUUGUCCAGCAAACGUGAUGCACUUGAAGCGUAUAUGAAAUCUGGACAUCCAAGUCUAGUAGCGGAUAUGCCUGUAUGGUGGUGUCCUUGGAUUCACGACUUGGGUGUAUUCUAUGGCAUAGCGCGUUACGGAGUAUACGGUUGGGAACGAAUUCUUCGAGAUCGUCAGUUGCCGUUCCACCAUCAAGCCCGAGAGCACCACAUUCGUACUGUAUUCUUAGAGGGUACGUCGACUUUUCAUCCGCUGUAUCGUCAUCAUUUUCAAACAACAAAAGACACGAACAGUUGGUUUCUUGGUGUCAUGACUGAAUUUCCGUCGCUAUCGAUCCUCGAGCACAAAGUGGAAAUGAUAUGUGCUGCUAUAUUGGAGAAAUUUGGUUGCUCGAGUGAACGGUAUAUCGAACCAAAUGAUCGACGGGAGUUUAGCUUAUCACCACGUGGAAAUUGUUUCGAAAAAAUGAUACUUUCUCGUUUAAUGCGAGAAGAAGAAUUGAUGCGUCAUUUGGACUUGAUUCCAGGUAGUGAUUUUCUAGAGGAAGAACAUGGUGAUUUGAAAGCAAGAAAUGCGUCGAUAGUCGAGUCACAAGGUCGUCGUGACGGGAAUUUGCAAGAAGCGGAAGGUUUGAAAGCGAUUGGAUUGAAUGGUGCGACGGGACUCGUGGACGACGUGCAGCAACAAGGAGGAAUUACUCUUGACGUGUUAAAUGGGUAA